AUGGACAGCAACACGGAUUUUACUCAACUAUGGCAUCGCCAUUUGGCCAACCUCCGCCAUGACUUCUCGACUGGGGCUCUGGACAACAACGGUGUACGAGCUGUACCUUCUGUCGACGAAAGAGGAGACAGUGAAGCUACGCCUAAAGGCGUUGAUCAUCAUGAAAACCUCGUCGGCCACGAAUGGGAUGGAGACAUGGACAUGGUGGUUGAUGCUUUGCAGGAGCUCGAGGUGCAAAGUCCUAUCACCGCCACCGAAGCUCUCAGCCCCGAUUCACCAUGGUUCAGGGACACUCAUGUUCGCCGCGACGUUGACGGUGAUAGAUAUAUGGAAACCGAGACCGUAGUGUCAUCACCUCAGACUUCGAGCUGGUCAAGGACCGUUGGGCCUUCCAAAUUACAGAGAGAUCGCAUGUCUCCGCAGUUACAACCACACCCGAAAAGUCCAGUCCACCUCUACACAUCCCCGGCUGUCAAGGGGCUUGACACAGAUGCGAGACAACGGGCCGAAAGAAGAUAUUCACAUGACUGGUACAGAGAUCACGCAACGCUCCUGUCACACUCUCAACAGCUAUACGAAACUUACUCGGCUUAUUCAGCAUCAUCAAGUCUAAACACCGCUCGACCUGAUCCCGAGAUCGAACCGCCAGAGCCCAGAACCAGAUUCAGCUCCAUCUUCUCUCCCUCUCCCCGCGGACGAUACGCACAGCUAGCCGAAGAAGUCAACGUCUUGAUUCUCAGCUGGGCCACAACAACACCAACAAACACAAAAUUCAAGCAACAAGGGCCAGUCAGAAGUCGGCAAGGGAUGAGUACCUCCACAGACCCCGUCCGUAACUGCUUCAAGCGGAUGGGAUACCGAGUUCAGUGCCGACUCAUUCCCGAGGACUAUCCUACCGCAGCUGUGGGGACCAUCCUGGCCAAGUCUCUUGCGGACUCCGAGAUCAACAAGGAGAAAAAGAAGUUGCUAAUUGUUUAUUAUGCUGGGGGAGCGGGCAUGGUUGGAGGGAGGAUGGUGUUUGCGAAUGCGUGCGGUAUGAGUCACUUCUUCUGGGAGGACAUUCGAGAAUCCAUCAUGUCCAGUGAGGGUGACGUCCUGCUCAUCUUUGACUGUCAUCACAAUGGGGGCACAGAGGAAGAAGAUCAAAUGCUGGUUGAGCCGGGCCUGGCAUUUUCGCCCUCCAUUAAGCAACUUUUAGGUGCCUGCGUUCCAUUGACCGGAAGCGAAACCCCCAACAGCAGGACAGCAACACAAAUGACCCAGGCCCUGUGCAGAAUCCUGGACAGCUCCUAUGUCAGAGGAGAUGGCAAGGUCUCAGUGCAGAGGCUGUGCUCGUUCAUGAAAGAGGAGUUACGACAAGACGGGACAGGCCUUGAGCAAAGCCUUUUCGUUACGCAGUUGGGAGGAAGACAUCUGUUGGAUAUCGAACUACCUGUAUUGUCUGUUGGCAGUGGCAAUGACGUUAGCGGUGAUAUGUUACAGGGAAUAAAGGUCCUCCAAGGUUAA